AUGGCCUUUCAUAGCCUCCUGGAUAAAACUGGAGGCCUGGGCAGAUUCCAGAUCCUUCAGAUGGUUCUCCUUUGUUUCUCCAACUUCCUAGCGUACCCCCACAUUCUCCUGGAAAAUUUCACCGCCGCCGUCCCCGCCCACCGCUGCUGGGUCCCGCUCCUGGACAACGACACCGCGUCCUCCAAUGGCACCGGGACCCUCAGCCAGGACGCCCUCCUCAGGGUCUCCAUCCCCCUGGACUCCAGCCUGAGGCCCGACAAGUGCCGCCGCUUUGUCCACCCACAGUGGCAGCUGCUGCAGCUGAAUUGGACCUUCCCCGACGGUGGCGCGGCGGCCACAGAGCCGUGCCUGGACGGCUGGGUGUACGACCGCAGCGCCUUCCCGUCCACCAUCGUGACCGAGUGGGACCUGGUAUGUGACUCUGAGUCACUGAACUCAGUGGCUAAGUUCCUGUUCAUGGCUGGCAUGGUGGUGGGAAGCCUCAUCUGUGGGCACUUUUCAGACAGGCUCGGCCGGAGGUUGGUGAUCAAAUGGUGCUUCUUCCAGCUCGCUGUCUCCGGCACCUGUGCAGCCUUUGCACCCAACUUCUUCAUCUACUGCUCCCUGCGCUUCUUGGCUGGGUUUUCUACCACAAGUAUCCUGACAAAUUGUGCUACACUCAUGGUAGAAUGGGUGGUACCCAAAUACCAAGCCAUGAGUAUGAUGCUCUCAGUAUCUGCUGCUAGCCUGGGGCAGAUGACCCUGGGAGGCGUGGCGUUUGCAUUUCGAGACUGGCUCACCCUCCAGCUAGUGAUGUCUAUGCCAUUCUUUGUCUUACUUCUGUCGACAAGAUGGCUGAUGGAGUCUGCGAGGUGGCUGAUUAUCACCAACAAACCUGACAGCAGCUUAAAGGAGCUUAGGAAAGUUGCACGAAUGAAUGGAGUAAAGAAUGCGGAUGAUAUACUAACCAUGGAGGUCUUGAGAUCCGCCAUGCAGGAGGAGCUGGAGGUGAUGCAGAAACAGUUUUCUGUGCUUGACCUGUUCCGAACACCCAACAUGCGGAAAAGGAUCUGUUUCCUGUCUUUUGCAAGAUUUGCUUGCUUCCUGCCUCUUCUUGGCCUGAGUCUCCACCUCCAGCAGGUGGGAAGCCACCUCUUCCUGGUCCAGCUUCUCUUUGGUGCAGUUGCCUUCCCAGCCAAUCACAUCGCACUUUUGAUACUGAAUUGCCUGGGCCGUAGGCUCGGCCAGGCCCUUUUCAUGUUCCUGCAGGGAGUCUCCAUUCUGGGCAUCAUCUUUGUGCCUCAAGAAAUGCAGACCAUCCGCGUGGUUCUGUCAGCCUUUGGAGUAGGCACUUCCUAUGCCUUGAUGACCGGCAUUGUCACCCACAGCACCGAACUGCUCCCCACUAUAAUCAGGGCAACAGCCACAGGCAUCCUGGGAAUUUGGGGUAGUGUUGGGGCGGCCCUGGCCCCCCUCGUGAUGAUCCUGGCAGUGUACUCCCCCCACGUGCCCUGGAUCAUCUACGGUGCCCUCCCGCUCCUCGCUGUCCCCGUUGUCCUGCUCCUUCCUGAGACCAAGAACCAGCCCCUGCCUGACUCCAUCCAGGAUGUGGAGAACCAGAGUGAAGCCUCAGGAAAAACAAAGCAGGAAGUUACCUCCAUGAAACUGACACAGUUUUAAGGAAUUCCAGACACUGCUAAAGA